AUGGGAGAGUUGACUCAGGCGGCGGAAGUGUACUCGGCGGCGCCUCAGCACCGGACUCAGCAAGUGUGGAGAGCGCUGCUGAGCUGGCUGGCCUUCUUCUUUCAGAUCUUCUUUCAGAUUAUCAGAACCCUCGGUCACUACCCUCUCCUCUCUCUCUCUUCUUCCAACAAUAACAACACCACUUCCUUUAAGCCUCUUCCUUCUGUUGAGCUUCAUGACCAUGACGAACAAGAACAGCAACUUGCCUCCGCCGCACUUGAUAUCACUGCCGCCUCCGUUGAUUACUCCCCUUCCGAUCGCCUCCAAAGAUUCACGGUAGUGCUCGACUUGGAUGAAACACUGGUAUGUGCAUAUGAAACAUCAAGUUUGCCAGCUGCACUGCGUUCUCAAGCAAUCGAUGCUGGUUUGAAUUGGUUUGAGCUGGAAUGUGUAUCUUCAGACAAGGAGGGAGAAGGGAAACCAAAAAUCAAUUGCGUUACAGUCUUCGAACGCCCCGGGUUAAAAGAAUUUUUAUGUCAACUUAGUGAAUUUGCUGACUUGGUGCUGUUUACUGCUGGUCUUGAAGGUUAUGCUAGACCCCUUGUUGACAAAAUAGACUUGGAAAAUCGGUUUAGUUUACGACUUUAUCGGCCUUCAACAAUUAGCACGGAAUACCGGGAACAUGUCAAGGAUCUUACUUGCAUAUCAAAGGAUCUAAGCCAGAUUGUUAUUGUAGACAACAAUCCCUUCAGCUUUUUAUUGCAACCAGUGAAUGGUAUUCCAUGCAUUCCAUUUUCUGCAGGACAACCACAUGACACACAGCUACUAGAUGUCAUUCUUCCACUUCUAAAGCAACUCUCUGAGCAGACAGAUGUAAGACCUUUGCUCUAUGAGAAGUUCCACAUGACUGAUUGGUUCCAGAAGCAGGGGAUUCCAGCUACCUGUUGGACUUUGUAGGACUAUAUUAUUUACCAUCAAGCUACUUUUUUCUCCUUUUGCCUCUUUCUUUUUUAAUGUGAAAUGCUUAGUUAUAUUGCUGGAAAAGCAGCCAGUCAUUGGAAGUAAUAGUAUUUUUGUAUAGCAUCAAUUUGUUUCUGGUGCAUCCAGAGGUUUCAAAUGCUGCUUCUUGAAAGUACACCAUUUAUGUAUGUAGUAGAUUGCUAAAAUUCUAAUUAUUGUUUAUAGGCUUGCAAUUUGUUGGAAAAGUAUCUCCUUAUUCUCUUGUAAAAUUAUCCUAUCAAUAAUUAUUAGCCGUUCCCACUGA